CCUCACGCUUCCUCCCUCCCUCCCUCCCUGCUCCAAACCCUCCCCCUCCUCUCCUCCAUCCAGUCUCUCUCUCCUCCCUCCUCUCUCUCUUUUUUUGGGAUCAGACUGUGAAUUUUUAAAAGCAAAACCCACAGUGGCUGUAGGAGGAAACGCGUCCUUGGCAUGGGGGGGCACGGGGUGCCCGGAGCAGCCCCGGGGUCACGCCGAGCACUGCUGAGGUGACACCGAGCAGUGCCAGGGUCACACCGAGCACCCCGAGGUCACACCGGGCACUGCUGAGGUGACACCAAGCAGCGCCAGCGUCACACAGAGCACCCCGAGGUCACACCGGGCACUGCUGAGGUGACACCGAGCAGUGCCAGGGUCACACAGAGCACCCCGAGGUCACACAGAGCACUGCUGAUGUGACACCGAGCACCCCGAAGCCACACCAAGCAGCACUGAGGUGACACCGAGCAGCGCCACGGUCACACUGAGCACCGCUGAGGUGACAACGAACACCCCGAGGUCACAUCGAGCAGCGCCACAGUGACACCGAGCAGCACCAAGGUGACACCGAACAGCGCUGAGGUCACACUGAGCACUGCAAAGGUCACUGAGGUGGCACCAAGCACCCCGAGGUGACACUGAGCAGUGCCCGGGUCACACCAAGCACCUCAAGGUCACACCGAGCACCCCGAGGUGACACUGAGCACUGCCAAGGUCACACCGAGCACCCCGAGGUGACACCGAGAACCCCGAGGUGACACUGAGCAGUGCCCAGGUCACACCAAGCACCUCAAGGUGACACUGAGCACUGCCAAGGUCACACCGAGCACCCCGAGGUGACACCAAGCACCCUGAGGUGACACCGAGCACCGCUGGCCUUUCUGCUGGCGGGAGGGACGGGACACGGAGCCGAUGCCAAGGAGCCGAUGCCAGGGCAGCCGUGCCCGGGAAUGCCCUGGAGAGCAGGGGAUGGGCUGCCCACGGAGCUGCCUGGAGCUCAGCUGGACUUCUCCCACCACCACCAGGAACUCUGGGAUUCAGACUCCUCCUGCCAGCCCUGGGGCACAGGGGGAUUGCUUUGGAUUUAUUGCCCUUUUUGUUCCGUCCAUAAAGGAAGGAGAUUUCCUUCCCUCUGUCUCGUCUUUAGUUUUUUUUUGGUUUUCUUUUGGAAUGGGGUUGGCCGUUCUGCAGGAAUCCCCUUCUGCUGGAAGAGAGAACGUGACUCUCCAACGCUCCUGGAACCUUGGGAAAAGCACAAGGGGCUGGAAUACCUGGGAUUCACUCCUGGAGUGGGGAAAAAAGGAAAUAAAUACAAACUCUGGGGAUGAUCCCUUUGGAUCAACGUUCUGGAGCGCUUGUGGAGCUGCAUCGGGGCAUCCCAGGCUGCUGCCAUCCGGCCACCCCCUGGAACCUCUUGGAUCCGCAUCUGGCUGAGGGGUGUGGCCAGGAAGGGACUUGGCUCGGGCUGGGUUUUCACUGUGACCACUAAAGCUCGGCUUUGCGGGACAUUCCUUGGGGAGGAGCUGGGAAUGGAGAAGGUGAAUCCUCUCCCAGAGGAGGAUGGCAGAGCUCUGCAAGGCGUGGGAUGCAGCUAAGGAAGGAAAUCCAGCAGGGACCAUCCCUGUCCCUCAGGGUCUGGCAGGGAUCCCGCCGGCUCCAGAGGUGAGGAAGGGGAGGCAGAAGCAUGGCUCAGCCCCAGGGCUGGUUGGAUCACUGGAAAGAUCCCAAAAUCAAUGGGAACACCCAGGAUUGAUGGUUUUCCUUUGCUUUUUGAAUCCCCAGGACUGAUGGUUUUCCUUUGCUGGUGUUUAAAUCCCAGCACAACCCACGGGGCCAGCGAGAACCCGACCUUGGCACGCCCCAGGUGUCCCCUCCGAGGCUGCCCAGGGUGCAGAUUAAUUAAUGCAGAUAUUUCAGUUGAGGUGUUUCAGUGAGGUGGCUCUUAAUUAGCUGGAGCCCUGUUUGUGGGGUUUUGUUGUCUCAAUGGUCGUGAUCUCGAUGGGCUCCCAUGGAAACUUUUGAUUUGCUCUUGGAACAAUUUAAAUGGGAAAAUUUGGGGGGAAAAAAAAUCAUUGCUUUGUGAAUUAACCUGCACAGAGACAGAGGGCUUUGGAGGAUUUAGGGUUUUAUGGCCCUGGUGGGGGUCACAAGACAGAAGAGCUUCAUUGUGGAAGGGAUUUGAGGCCAGGAGAAUAUUUUGAAUCUAUAUAAACACAUAUCUCCACUCCUGUACACCCACAGCAACACAGGUAUGGAAGGAAAUGAAAUCCCUGGAAUUUCUCAGUGCACUGGGAUGCUCACGUGGGAUUUGGAGUUGGGAAGUUGGGAGCUUUGGGCUGCUUUUCCCUGGGAUACAACCCAAAAUGAUGACCUGGCUUUGCUUCGGGAUAGGGAACAGAGCCCCGUGCAUGGAUCAGCUCUAAAUCCUCAUUUUUGAGCUGUCAGCCUCAAAACCCUCGUGGCUGAGGUUCUUGGAGCUUGGAGAAGGCCCUGUUGGAUGUGUGGGGUGGUGGUGCUGGGAGUGACCAUUUCCACGUCCAUCCCGGAGGGAGGAUGAGGAUGAGGAUGAGGAUGAAGGAUGAGGAUGCUCCAGAGGAGGGAACACACUCAGAAGGAGCCUGGUGCCAACCCAGAGCCACUUUGUGCUGCUCCAGAGGGAGUUUGGACUCCUGGAUUUGAUGAUUUGGAGGAUUUUGGCCCUGUUGGGAUCACACAAAGGGGCGUGGCACAAGUCAAGGUCACCAAGGCCACCCAAAAUCCCCAUCUUUGGGGAAAACCUGGAUUUAAUCUUUGGAGCUUGCUUUAAAAAAACACCCUCCCAGCUUAAUCUUUUUAAUGCUGCUUUUCAGAGCUGCCUCCUUAAUCUUCUUCAUUCCAUUUUUUCCUCCUAUUUAAUAGUCUGAAGUUCCCUAAUACAAUUUUUUUACUCACUCAAGCUUAACCUCGUCCCUCUCAGCUGGUGUUAGGUUGUAAUCCCGGCACUUAAAUCCAUCACAGCUUCGGGAGUGAGGAAAGCUGGAGGUGGGAGGGUGAGAGGAGCCUGGGCAGGACUUUUGCAGUAAUUAAAAUAUGAGAUAAACACAAUAAAAAAAGGUGAAGGCAAUUAAACUGCUAAUCAGAAGUGAUGAAACAAUUCAUUGUUUAUCUCCUGCUCCCAUGCUUUUGCUCUCCACCUGGAGAGGGAUGUGAGCUCCAGGAGAAUUUUUUCGGUUUGGAGGCAACUUUUUGUGGUUGUGCAAUGGUGUCACAGCCUCUUGUGUCACCUCAGCUCCACCGGGCUGUCGGAGUCGAUGUUUGAGGGGGAAAAAGAAGCCUUGUUCUGGAGAAUGUGACCCUGGGCCUCCCUCCAAGGAGCUGGGAUGGAGCUGAAUACGGGCAGGAGUUUUGGGGGAAGUCCAUCUCCCCAGAAAAUCCUGGAUAAAGCCAUUUCUCCAUGAGCAGAGCCACAGGGAUGGGUAAAACCCCGAGGGCCGGUGCGUGGCGCAGGUGGAGGUGGCUGCUCCCUCCUGCAGCCGCUCCUGCUCCGGGGCUUUUCGGGGAUUCCUGGUGGGAGCAUGGAUGGGGAAGAGGCGAGGAGGCUCCACGUGGGAGGAGCCAUCCCCCAGAGCAGGAUUUUGGGAAAAUGAACUCCAGCGGGAGCGGAAGCGGCUCCAGCAUCUUCCCUUCCCGAAGGCGAGCCUGGCAUCGUCCCCUCUGCCCAAAUUCCCACCCCUCAUGGUGAUCCCAGCCAGGAACAGCUGGAGCAGUGCCCAGAUGUGCUGGUCCUUCCCCAGCUGUGCUCCCCGAGUGAUUUUUCCACAGCUUUUCCGUUUCUUUUCCGCCCGUUCCUGCGUGUGCGUGAUGUGCUGGAGCCGCAGGGAGAACCUCGGCUCUUCCAGCUGGAUAAUUUUAGGAGUUUCUGGAAUUGCAGGGUGGUGUGGGCUGCUCUGCCAGCUGUGCCAGCCUUGGGGCUCUCCCUGCUGGAAUUGCAGCAGGAGAAUAUCCAGCAGGAGAACAGCCAGGAACUCCUUGGCCACAUCCAAAGGGAAGGGAAGAGCAGAGAGCCCCAAACCAGGGCUGGAAUGGGGAGUUUGGGAAGGGCAGGACAUGGAAGGGGCCCAGCAGCAGCAGGACCCAGCCCUGGCUGGGUUUUGCAGGGCUGGGAGUUGUCCCUUAGCUCCAAAAACUUCUCUGAUCUUGGAUCUUUCCUUGAAAAGCACCAGGUGCCCGUGGUGGGAUGGAGUUGUCCCUUAGCUCCAAAAACUUCUCUGAUCUUGGAUCUUUCCUUGAAAAGCACCAGGUGCCCGUGGUGGGAUGGAGUUGUCCCUUAGCUCCAAAAUCUUCUCUGAUCUUGGAUCUUUCCUUGAAAAGCACCAGGUGCCCGUGGUGGGAUGGAGUUGUCCCUUAGCUCCAAAAACCUCGCUGAUUUUGGACCUUUCCAUAACGAGCUCUGCUGGGGGGAUCCAGCUGCAGGGAAGGGGAUGGGAAGGGGAUGGGAAGGGGAUGCCUCGGGCUGGGGGACUGCCAGGAUGGGCUGGUUUGCCUCAAAUUUCUCCUCUCCCUCCCCAACUUCCCUGACAAUCCCUGUCUGGGAGUUCCUUUGCCUCAUCUCCAGCUCCAGCAUUCCGAGCUCUCCCUGCUGUGAAUCCCCAGCUCAGUUCCUUCCACGGGAACAAACCCACCAGGCGAGAACUGGAAUGGAUUUUUAAAUUCCCCUUUUCUCCCGUAACCACCCUUGCCAUGAUCUUCUCCGGCUCCGAGGUUUUCUGCCAGGCUCUGAAGUAACUCUGUGCUUUCAGUCCAGAAAGGUUUGGUGGGAAUGAGCUCCCUGGGAUCCCCGGGAGCAGGGAUGGGGCUGUGGGAGCAGGGCUGGGGCUGGGGGGGUGUGUGUGUAUAUAAUAUGUGUAUGUAAUUAAUGUAUAUGUAGAGAUGUAUAGAGGGGCACGGGGCCGGGGGCUCUGCUCCUGAGGGGGAAGAGGAGGAGGAAAAAGAGGAAAAGGAGGAGGAAAAAGAGGAAAAGGAGGAGGAUUUGUCCUCCAGCACCCCGUGCUGAGUUCUGCAGCCCUUGGUCCCUGUCCCAAGGAACGUGGGAUUCAGCCUCAUUCCCAUUCCCUGUCCCAAGGGAUUCAGGAUUCCCUGCCCAAGGGAUGUGGGAUUUCCUGUCCCAAGGAAUUUGGGACUCAGCCUUGGCCCUGCUCCCAAGGGAUGUGGGAUUCAGCCUCGACUCCUGUCCCAAAGGAUUCGGGAUUCCCCCUCAUUCCCUGUCCCAAGGGAUUUGGGAUUCAGCCCCAUUUCCAAGGGAUGCGGGAUUUCCUGUCCCAGGGGAUGCAGGAUUCCCUGUCCCAAAGGAUGUGGGGGUCCCCCUCAUUCCCUGUCCCAAGGGAUGCAGGAUUCCACCUCUCCGAUUCCUGCUGCUCCUCCCUCCCCUCCCUGCCCUUCACAUCCCCCUGAUCCCAGUCUUGAUCCUGAUCCCAGUCCUGAUCCCAAUCCCAGUCCUGAUCCCGAUCCCGAUCCCAGUCCUGAUCCUGAUCCUGAUCCCAGUCCCGAUCCCGAUCCCAGUCCCGAUCCCAGUCCUGAUCCCGAUCCUGAUCCCAGUCCCGAUCCUGAUCCCAAUCCCAGUCCCGAUCCCGAUCCCAGUCCCGAUCCUGAUCCCAAUCCCAGUCCUGAUCCCAAUCCCGAUCCCAGUCCUGAUCCCGAUCCCAGUCCUGAUCCCAAUCCCAGUCCUGAUCGCAAUCCCCGUCCCGAUCCCAGUCCCAGUCCUGGUCCCGAUCCUGAUCCCAAUCCCAGUCCUGAUCCCGAUCCCAGUCCCGAUCCCAGUCCCGAUCCCGAUCCCAGUCCCGAUCCCAGUCCUGAUCCUGAUCCCAGUCCCGAUCCCAAUCCCAGUCCUGGUCCCGAUCCUGAUCCCAGUCCCGAUCCUGAUCCCAAUCCCAGUCCUGAUCCCGAUCCCAGUCCCGAUCCUGAUCCCGAUCCCAGUCCUGAUCCCAGUCCUGAUCCUGAUCCCAGUCCUGAUCCCAAUCCCAGUCCUGAUCCCGAUCCCAGUCCCGAUCCCAAUCCCAGUCCUGGUCCCGAUCCUGAUCCCAAUCCCAGUCCUGAUCCUGAUCCCAGUCCCGAUCCUGAUCCCGAUCCCAGUCCCGAUCCCAGUCCUGAUCCUGAUCCCAGUCCCGAUCCCAAUCCCAGUCCUGGUCCCGAUCCUGAUCCCAGUCCCGAUCCUGAUCCCAAUCCCAGUCCUGAUCCCGAUCCCAGUCCCGAUCCUGAUCCCGAUCCCAGUCCUGAUCCCAGUCCUGAUCCUGAUCCCAGUCCUGAUCCCGAUCCCAGUCCCGAUCCCAAUCCCAGUCCUGGUCCCGAUCCCGAUCCCAGUCCCGAUCCCGAUCCCAGUCCCGAUCCCAGUCCUGAUCCCGAUCCCAGUCCCGAUCCCAAUCCCAGUCCUGGUCCCGAUCCUGAUCCCAAUCCCAGUCCCGAUCCCGAUCCCAGUCCCGAUCCCAGUCCUGAUCCCGAUCCUGAUCCCAGUCCCGAUCCUGAUCCCGAUCCCAAUCCCAGUCCUGGUCCUGAUCCUGAUCCCAAUCCCAGUCCCGAUCCCGAUCCCAGUCCUGAUCCCGAUCCCAGUCCUGAUCCCAAUCCCGAUCCCAGUCCUGAUCCCAGUCCCGAUCCCAGUCCUGAUCCCGAUCCCAGUCCUGAUCCCGAUCCCGAUCCCAGUCCUGCUCUCAGUGGUUUGGGAUCAGCCGGGGGGGAUCAGGAGCCGUUUGCCGCGGUAGGGCCGGAGCAGGUCGGGGAUGGGAUCCCGGGGUGGAUCCAGCCCCCGCAAGCUCCGGAGCUCCCCAUUCCCUGUACCAGGAGCUGCUCCCUCUCUGUGGGGAGCCUCAGUCUGCAGAGCUGAUCUUUUUAUUUCUGUGCUUAUUUUUUCCCAUUAUUUUGAUUUUUGGGUUAAAAAAAAAACCAGACUUUUUUUCACACCCCACAUUCCAGCACUUCUCCCAAGACCUCCAGGGCUCCAGGGAUUUUUCCUGCAGGAAUUCCCCCCGUUCAGGGUCCCCCUGGCCGAAGUCACCCCAGCCCAGCUGACAAUCAAACCAGACACCCGAAAAACAGGAAUCCAUUGCAGUUUGAUAGAAAACUUUUUAAAAUCCUCCCCUUCUCUCUCACCACUGCAUCUCCAGGAUAAACCAUCACCCACUGCUCCUCCUGUAAAUAAACAUCAAACCUUCUUGUAUAAAUUAAAAAUAAAAUAAUUAAAAAAAAAAAAAAACAAAAAAAAAAUUCCAUUGAUAAACAUCCCAAAAAUAAAAUUUAAAAAAAACUCCCUUUCCAGAAGAUUGAAGUAAUUCCAACUUCACUUUUUUUUUUGGAGCUGAUUUCCAAUCCCCAUAGGAGAACAAAACAAAGAUCUGGAACACUGCAAGUGUUGGAGCUUUCAAUGAAUCCGGGAGGGAAAAAAAAAAUGCAUGUAAAUAUUUUUAAUAGGAGACAUAUCUUAAACAGAACUUUUUUUUGUAUGUACAUAACUCUCCUAGAGUUUAGUACUGAAAUGGCUUCAUAGUGUCUGUUUCAAAAAGGAAAGGAAAAGAAAAUGUUUGUUAAUUGUUUUUGUUCUUACUCAAUGGCCAAAACUUUAAAAAUAAUGACAAAAAAAAAAAAAAAAAAAAAAGAGAGAAAAGACUCUAAAAAUAAUCUUUGCCAAUGGAUCUAGCACUGUAAUGGUACUGUCUAUUUUUUUUAAUUAUUUCUGUGCUGUGCCCAUUUAUAAAAUGAGGAAAAGAUAAAAAAUAAAGUCAUUUAAACCUUG